CAAGAUCUUCUCUUUAACACACAUCUUGAGAAAUAGCUGAUGAAUUGAGUACUCAAUUAAUUAACCUAUCAAUUCACUAAGAUUUUCAAAGUCGGUGAUUUUGGAUUCGUUAUUAUUAUAAAGUGUUUUUCAUUUUCUUUUUCAAUGAAAAGGUGAAAAGGGUGUCCAUAUUUCUUGAAAAAAUUGAGGUGUGUUAGUAGUAGUAUAUGUGGUUAUUAAAGGUGGCGAAUCAAGGAGAUUCCGGCGAGCAUGACAGAAUUCUGUCGACAGCAGGUGAUUCAGAAACUACAACCAAUGAAGGAAUUCCUCAACCGUAUGAACAAUCGCAAUCUUUUGAAGAAAUGUUACAGCAACAAAUACAGCAAGAAACAGAGUAUUUGAUGUCGGAAUCGGCUAAUCCGAUGUAUACAGGGUAUAGUCAGUCGAGGGAUAUGUCGGCAAUGGUGACAGCGUUAACACACGUGGUUUCGGGUCGGAGAGAGGGAGAGUGGGGUUACAGGCCGGAUAUUAGCGGUGUUACGACUUCGUUUGUUGGUGGUGGUGGUUCGGGGAGUAUUUAUUCGGCUAAUUCACCGUCUUCUUCGAGUUCAGGAUCAUGGGCUGGACAGAAAAGAAGACGCGAUCAAGAAGAAAGUGUUACUGGAGAACAAGCUCAAAGGGGUUAUGGAGGUAUUAGAGAAUUUAAAAAUGGAGAACCAUCUUCCUCUGUUAAGCUCGAAGAAGAUACAAGCCUGGCAGCACCACAAACGAGCAGCGUAUCAACCACUGCAGCGCAGACACCAGCGGAAGUAACAGGUGAAGAAACAGGGGAGAGGAAGAGGAGAUACAGAGGAGUAAGACAGAGACCAUGGGGGAAAUGGGCAGCAGAGAUAAGAGAUCCACACAAAGCAGCAAGAGUUUGGUUAGGCACAUUUGAUACAGCAGAAGCAGCCGCUAAAGCUUAUGAUGACGCCGCUCUUAGAUUCAGAGGAAACAAAGCUAAACUCAAUUUCCCUGAAAACGUCCGAUUAUUACCACAACAACAACAACAGCCCACAACAAGAUUAGCCAUUUCAACCUCAUCAUCAACCGCAGCACCAGCACCAGCACCAGCACCAGCAGCUUCGCGGUUCCAAUUAAUGUCUGCAGCAUCAAUGCGAUCACCAUCACCAUUUUUUCAAUCAUAUAAUCAACCUCCGCAUCAACCUCAGCAGCAACAGCUUUUUCAGAGCUCAGAUAUGGCUAGAGAUUAUUGGGAAUACUCACAAUUACUUCAAAAUCCAAUAGAUUUCCAUGGAGGACAACAAUCAUCAUCUUUGUUAGAACAAAUGUUAUUAGCUUCAUCAUUGGGAGUGUUGCAUUCACAUACAUUUCCUUCUUCAUCAUCUUCUUCAUUAGCAACUUCUGCAGCUUCUUCCACUACUUCCCCUGCAUAUCCCCUGUUUUACUCUGCUCAACAAUCACGCUUCUAUCAGCCACAAACUCAUCAAAAUCAAGGCAAUAACAGUAGCAAUAGCAGCAGCAGCUCCAAUUUUCCUCCACCUUUUUGGACUAGCUCCGGCCACUACCCACCUUCUUCUAGCUAAUUUUCAUACUUCUUCCCUUUUUUACUUUUGUUUUUUAUUUUACAUAUUUUUUUGAAAAAAAUUAAAGAAGAAUCGUAUUAUUUU